GUACCUUCUCUAGCCUUGCCUCAGCCCAUGGCUGGGGUUCUGUGAGGUUCAGUUUAAUGGGGACUUACCGGUCCCCCCUGACGCUUUUGAGCCAUGGACUGAGUGGCCAGAAGGAAUGGCGAUGUCUGAGCUGCCCGUGCAGCAGGUGGCCUGGGGUAAAGCGGACAGGGCACAGGGCACGGGGCAAGAAGCCUCUAUAUGCCCAAAGGGGAAUGCCGAGGUUACAGCUGCCUCUGUCCUUCUGAGUUUGCAGCAUCAGCUUAACCAGCUGGCUGAGCGUGUGAGGUUGUGUUUUUACUGUCAGUUUGGGCUUGGUAUUCCUGGUGCCCAGUUGGACUUCAGGCCCCCGUGUGAGCUCAGGCUGGGACAACCUGCCUCAGGUGUGGCCAUUGCUGCCGUCACUUCGUCACUAAUCAGAUAUGGUUGGUGACCUUCCCCUCCACAUAGCCACUGGGACUGUAGUGCUGGCACUGCUGGGAUCUGGGUUUGGGGUGAGGCCCAGGACAGUGGUGGCUCCAGAUACCCUCGCUUGAGGCCUGGUGUCUGCACUCCCAGCCCAGCCCUCCUCCAAGCUGGCAUUUCUGCUGCACCCAUGGGGCAUUUCCUGCUCCCUGUGCUUCCGUAGCACCCGGGAGAGCUGUGAUGGGCUGUCUUGGUUGUGUGCCUUGUCAGUUUAGAAACCAGAGCAGCUUGAGCUGACUUCACACUAUUCCCAUCACAGGGUGGGGUGCCCCUACCUGCCCUGCCUUUAUUUUGCCCUGGGCCUGCGGGGAAGAGAGGAGCAGCAGGGCGAGCACCCUCUAUAGCCCGCGGCACCAAUUCUGUCUCGGUGAACCCGUCAGCCCAUCCAGUGGCGGGAAGUGGGAGCAGGCAUAAACCUGUGCCAGGGCACUUCACUGAGGGCGCCUUGGGCCCAGACAGCGGCAGGAGCAGGGGGCCGUGGGGCCGCUGCCAGCAGUUCCAGGCAGCCUCUGCCCCGGCUUCAGCAUUCCAAGCCCUCUCCUCCUGCAGGAGCGGCAUGUUUGGUUCCUGUUUUCCUGGUGUCAUGGCAAUGGGGCCGGGGAGCUCCCUGGGGCCAGAGCCGGGAAGGGUCACUGUGCUGCAUUCCCGACCCAGCCUGCGCCCAGGCCUCGUUUUCUUCAUUCCGACACAAGACAGGUCACUGUUCGGGUGCAGAGGCCAAGACUGUUUUGCCCAAGAAGGAGAAAAUGAAGCUGAGGCGUGAGCGAUGGUUGCAGAAAAUCGAAGCCAUCAAGCUGGCUGAGCAGAGGCACAGGGAGGAGCAGAGGCGGAGGGCCACGGCAGUGGUGGGGGACCUGCGCCCACUCAGGGACGCUCUGCCCGAGCUGCUGGGGCUCGAGGCUGGCAGCCGGCGCCAGGCCUGCAGGGAGAGCAGCAAGCCGCGGUCCUCGGAGCUCAGCCGGAUGAGCACAGCACAGAGACAGCAGCUUCUCGAGGAAGAAAGGACCCGGUUUCAGGAGCUACUGGCCAGUCCGGCCUACAGAGCCAGCCCCCUGGUGGCCAUUGGGCAGACGCUGGUUCGACAGAUGCAGCUGCAAGAUGGCGGCCAGCUCUGACCAGAGUGUCGGGCGUGCCACGACUUCUCAGGACACACGUGUGGGCCCAGGAGCCAGAGAGCACCAUGGCCAGAGCCUGUGGACCCUUCCCCCCGGUCGGCUGUGGGGCUCAGUAAAGGGCUCUGUGAACUCCUUCCCCUGUACCCCAGGGCUGUUCCCGUGACUUGCUCCCUGGUUCCCAGAGCUGGGCCUAGCCUGGGACAGCUGCCUCCAUUCCACACAGGACAAGCCAUGUCCCUCUGCUGGGGGCCCCAAGCCCUAGCCAGAGUUGGGGUGGGCUGUGCACAGGGUUUGUGGGGACUGCAGGUAUGGAGGCCUCAGGUCCGACCCUGAGCAGGCACCAGUGUCCCCGACAGCCUCCUGGCUGUGCUGGGAAGGAAUUGUGCCUGGGUGUGACGCAGCUGUGCCACCAGCCACCCUAAUUUGUUUCAGCCUCAGUUCCCGCUGCGGCCCUGGUAGGACCCAGGAGCACUGAGGCCUGGAGGGGCUGCCACAGGGGCUGGCUUGGGCCCUCCCCAUCUGGGGGUCUAUUUCACUCCCAGUCUCCCGCUCCUUCCUCAGUCACCAGGGACGUACAUGACCCUGGCAAGGCCCCCAGCCUGCUCCCCGCCUGUUGUUUGCACUCCCAGGGAUGUGCCCCCACUACCCUGACCAUUGCCCUCGCCCCACCCAGCUGUUCCCAGCCCAGGCGCCCACUGCCUUGCUCUGGGGGUGGAGAGCAGAGGGUCCUUCCGCAGGGAGGAGAUGUGGAAUGGGCCCGGCCCUGGAGCCUCUUACUGACCCAGAAGCAAAGGGAGGUCCUUUGUUGCUGGAAGCCCUGGGAUUUGGAGGUUGGUUGUUAGACUAGGAAUCAGUGACUGAUCAGUCCUUGUUUUCAGGGUGUAGAAAGCAAGGGGCAGUGCGUCCCCAGGCCUCUGAGGCCCAGCUAGGCUCUCAUGGCCCCCCUCCCAAGUGCCUCGCAGGGCCUUGCUGGCCCAUGUCCUGCAGGGGGCUGGGCAGGCUGGGCGUGGCAGUGACCACCACUCGGGCGUCUGGGAAGUUCGGAGCAGGACAUUCCCCACUCCCAGUUCACGGAGCCUUUUAUUGAGCCCAGCACCCUGAGCUGCCUCAGCUGCCUGGGGUGGGGGUGGCACCAGGGGCUCCGGGGCCUCCUGACUCCAGGGCGUGUGGGCGGCCCCUGUGCACGGCUCCUCUUGUUUCCAGUUCCCAUGCUCUGACCUCCCAUGUUCCUGCCACCUGCGCAGGGUUCAAAGCCCCAACAGCCCUGCCAAGGCUGCCUGGCGGGUGGGUGGCCGAGGCGACUUGGAGCCUGUGUCCUUCUGUUCAGCGUCCUGGCCCUUCCUGACAGAGGCAGACACGGCACCCGCAGAGACACCACGGACACCUCCAAGGCCCUGGCUAAUGGGACAGACGGGCAUGCGGGAGCCACAGGCAGCAGGUCCCACGCUCCCUCGGCCGGGGCCAGCUUGGCUGCCGUGCACCAGCUCCUUCGAGAAUGGGCUUCUCACUUCCGAGGAGCCGGUCACAAACCAGUGCUUGUGACAAAACCAUUCUGUGGUAGAGCAAGUGUUGGGAACAGGUCUGGGAUGUACGUAGCACAGUGUGGUGGGGGGGCAGGUGGGGCGGCUUCCGCUUGAGGCCAGGAGUUCAAGACCAGCCUGGCCACACAGUGAGACUGCAUCUCAACAAAAAAUACACAAAUUAGCC